GCAUAGUGCAGAGCUGCGCCAGUGCGAGUGUAUCUCUCUUCGUGAUCGUUUGAUAGUUAGGUCAAUUACUGCUCAGUGCGCUUAUUUAGGGAAGAACAAGUCUGGUCGUCGGUUGUGAAUCGUAAAAGCAAAAUUGUAUCAAUUUUUCGCUACUCGUCUACGCAAGUGAUGGCAGAUUACAAUGAUAAAAGUGAUAACAUUUCGUCAACAAUUGGAAACUGUUUGUUCGACUUCCCAGGACUGGACAAUCGUUUGAAGCGUAUUGCUGCGAAAGAGUUGAAUGAAAAUGAAAACGUGAAAAAACAAUCUUUAGAGCAGUUGCGAGAAUGGAUUGCCAAGAAUCAAAGAAUCAAAAACUGUCGUACGGACGAUCGCUUUUUGCUGCGAUUUUUACGUGUUAAGAAAUUUUCGGUUUUUAAAUCUAGUGAAAUGUUGGAAAAAUAUCUAACCAUGCGACAAAAGUAUCCCAAGUGGUGCAAAAAUCUUGACCCUUUAGACGAAGAGCUCCAGGAAGCCUUAGACUAUUGCGCCUUGCUUCCGAUCGGUCGUGACAGCGAAGGGCGAAUUGUGGUCAUAGGAGUCGUUCGAAAUUUUGACGCCCAGAAGUACAACUCGGAUCUAAUGAUUCGCCUGAACAUGAUAGUCACGGAAUCGCUAUUCGAUGAUGAAGCCAAUCAGAUAGCCGGCUUCACGCACGUGUUCGACAAUACCGACAUGACGCUGGCCCAUGUCACCUGUUGGACGUUGGAGAACAUCGCUGGAUAUCUCCGCAGCGUGAGCAAUGCCGUCCCGAUUCGUUUAAAACAAAAUCAUUUCGUUAACGUGCCGAGCUUUGCGGCCCAGCUCAGCAAGUAUUGUCUAUCGUUCGCAAGUGAAAAACUAAAAUCACGAAUUUAUUGCCACCGCAGUGUCGAUGAGCUGAAACGAAACUUUGAUGUGAAUCUGCUGCCUCAGGAGUACGGAGGGAAAGUUCCGCUGUCUGAAAUGAACGAACGUUUCAAGAAGUAUUUAAUGGAAAAACGGGAAAUGCUUCUUGCGUUGGACGAAAUGGAAAUUCAACUGACCGAUCAAGUAGAAACGGUCCACGGCAGUGUUGACAUAGUGGAUGCUGGUGCCAUUGGAAGUUUUAGAAAGUUGCAAAUUGAUUAGAUAUAGAUUUUCAGCUGUCUUCACCCUGGUCGUUGUUAUCUUAUCUGUUAUUUUGUGAUAUAUACACCGAUAUAGAUACAAUUUUGUCGAUUGUUAGUUGAAUAUAAUUAGGAAACCACAAAUCAAGCACGACAAAUGUUUAGAAAUAUUAUUUUGUAAUUUUAAUAAAAUAUGAUACACAAUAA